GUUUGGUUUUGUUAACUUAUUUACUUUUGAGUCGCUGUAUAAUAUUAAGUUUUGUUAAUUGUCUAGCAGAUUAUAUAAAAGAUUCUGUGAAAAAAAAAAUAAAGGACUAAAUAUUUUUGAAGAGGACGAUGUCUAGAAUAAGAUGUUUUGGGAGUUUUUGUAAUUUGACCUACAUAAAACCUAACCUAACCUCUCGACCCUAAUCUAACCUAGCUUAACAUCUCAACCCUAAUCUAACUUAACUUAGCUUAGCGUAACCCAACCCAACCCAACACCGACUGUACAAUCACUCGUCUGUAACUUAACAAACGCCAAAGAUUUAAAUAAUAAAGUCCAUAAACCUAUUCUGGACAAGUUCAAGAUCGAUUUAUAGUCUACCAUUAAAUGUGUUAGUUUACAGUUGUGGUCAAGACGAACAGUGUGGCACAAAACGAGGCAAUGAUCCCAAGGGCCAACUACAUCUCAAGACCUCUGACAAGACAGAAAGAUUUCUCAAAAGUUCGUUAAUAAUACCCACAGAAACCGUUAAAGCCGUUAGCGUUGUCUAUAAACUGCCCAUACCGGUUUUGAACUGGAUAUAUCUCUUUUAAGAUCAACCGCGUGAGACGGUAAUGAUAACUAGUAAUUUAAUAAUAUCUUAGGAAGAUAAAAAUAACAGGAACGAAGACAUAAUAGAGAAAAGUGAAUAAUUUUUUAUCUGGAUUAACGACUUCAACGGUCAUUACAAUUACGAAGAUUUGAAAAUUCAAAUUACAAUCAACAAAAACAGCAGCAAUGACUAGUGAAGGAAGACGAGUAAAAUCAGCACAGUAGGUCUCCUUCCUUUAGACGGAGGGCAGAGAGAGAGAGAAAGGAAGGAAAGAAGGCGUGUGAAUGAAGGAAGAAUGAAGUUCAAGGACUACUGUAGAAUCGUCAUGUAUCUGCCGCCCGAGGAGCCUAAGAAGGUUCCCAGGAAGGCCAAGAAGAGCGUGGAGGAUGAGGUUGAGAUGCGGGUGUCUGAGGAUGAGGGUGCGGUGGUUGAGCCUGAGGACGUCUCCCUCCCGGCCCCUCACCUCCGCCCUCCCAUGUUCAACCCUGAGGACUACACCCACGCCCUCGCUAAGUACGCCCGUGCCGCCCACCUCUACAUGCCUGAACAACCCAAGGAGAAGAAGGGUCGUGGGCGUGACAAAGAGAAGUGUGUGAUCAGGGAAGUGCCUCAGGAGAUGUCCCUCAAGCAGUUCAGUUCCUUGCCCGAGCUGCUCAAACGCCUCCGUGAAGACCUCAAGUUGUCCUACCUCAGCUUCGUGAAGGAGCUGGUCCGGGACCCCCAUGACGGUGUGACGCUGCUCCUCGACGUCCUGAAGAUGGUCCAGCUCGCCCAGACCGACUUAAAUGGUACAGCCAACUCCCGGGAGCAGCAGUUGGCCCUCCGUCGUGCACUCAUAGACGAACACGAGUGCUUGUCUUGCUUGAGGUACUGCCUGCGAUCCACAGACGCCGCGCUCAAGCUGGCCCACUACCACCACGGCCUCUACACCCUGGCCGUGGCCACCAUGAGUAACCUGGCCAGGAGCCGUACACUCGCUCUACAGCUGUUGACUCGGGCGUGUAUGACCUCGUCAGGAGGUCACCGACAAGUGGUGGAGGCCCUUGCUAUCCUCCGCCUCCGCUUUGCUGAACCUGUCAAGUGCAAGUUCCUCAUCUCAAUGAUGCUGUCACACCCCCACCCCAGCUUCCAGGUGUGGGGUAUGAGGUUUCUGAACGCAUUGGUGGCGUCGUCGGGCAGCCUGCGACAGAGGAUCUACCUGCAGGAGGAACUGGCUGAGGCUGGCUUCGACCCCUCCGUUCUUAGGAAGAUCAUCGAAAGGAGCGGGUCAGACCACCUCCAGCAGCUAGCCAUGGCUGAGCUGGGUCGGUGGAAUGCUGCCUACGUGGACGUCGGGGGUCUGGAGAAUGAACUGUUUGACCUGCGAACCGCCAACGCCAAACUGCAGGAGGAACUGAGGAAGCUCCGGGAGGCUAACAUGAAACUCCUUGAGGAAAAUGUCCUCCUGAAGACUGUGGGUGGCGAGGUGGAGGAACGUUUUUCGGCCCUCCAGCGGCGACUAGAGCAGAACGGCAUCCCUGUGCCUCCAUCCCCAGUCCCCUCCGUCAGCGAUUCUGAUCUCUCUUCCCUCAACACCUUCAGGAAUUCCACCAUGCGUCGCAAUUCCAUCUCACCUUCCAGGAAUGGAGACUCGAGAAGCGCCAUCACCGAGACUGACUCUGUUAUAUUCACUCAGGCAGGUGGGAGGUCCAUCACGCCAGUAUGGAACGGCAGUCCAAAGCUGCAGUCUGAAUCCUCCAGCAGCAAGUCGUCCAUUUCUUCCAGUGAGACUGUCGCUCCAAUGCGUCCCAUCUCUUCCUCGAACUCUGGCGUCCUCCCACCCACUAGAAGAAGCAGGCACCAGUCUGGUUCAUCCACGCCCGAGCCCAGAGUGACUUCUCCUCUGAGGAGCUCCACUGCAUCACCCAUCAGGAAUGGAGAGAAGAAAGAUGACCACAGGAGGGAAGAUGGUACACCCACCAGAACUUCGCCCACACAGGAGACCGAAAAGAAGCGAACGUCGGGAGACAGAUUCAACGAGCACAUGCCCACCACACACAUAGAUAUGACUUACCAAAGUGAAAAGUCGCCGUCACCAGAGGCAGAACUACAAGAUAGAAGCAGGUCGCCUCCUGGUGGAAAACAGACCACUCAGGAACCCAAAAAACCAUCUAGAUCAAGUAGUCGACAGCGCCAGCAGAUUUCCAAAGAACUGCCACAGGUGAAUGGUUCUUCCAGUAAUGGAUCUGAGAGGGAGAUGCGGAAGUCCGUUAGCCUGACGCAGAGUGACAACAGGCCAAGCAGUAAAUCUUCCUCAGCCUCACACACGCCCUCACCCAGGUCAGGAUCUCCGUCUAACCCCAAGAGAAAAGCUCCGAAACCUCCCUCAGGCACGACUAGCCCAUUAUCAUCCUCGACUUCUUCCUUGUCAUCUUCUUCCUCCACCUCCUCCGGCUCAGGAGGGGAGCGGAAGGAUCCUGAGUACAUGAACGUGCCACGGCGGGAAUCACCACAGAACAAAAGUCGCAGUGAGUCGCCAGCAAGUAAAACUCGGAGUAGCAGCGAGGAAGGCGACCUUGAUUAUGAGCGAGACGUGGUUGUGUAUGAGGCCAUCACUCUUGGUAAUGACAGGAUCUUCAUUGAUAAGAACAACACUCAAGGCUCCCAUGACUCUGACAAGAGUCAAAGCUCAAUGGAGACAAAGGGCAGCCAGGAGUCUGGAGACAGUCAGGAAAGCUACCCUGACGGCCCCAGUGUGCGACAGUCUGUGCGUCACUAUGAGAACCUGGUGAUGAUGACCGACCACUUUGAGAUGGUUCCUGAGUCAUGGAUAGACAGUGAGCGAACUGAUGCACCGAAAAGAGAAGAGAAAGUAUAUGAUAGGAGAGAGAGACGAGAGGACAAGGAAGAUAGAGGUGACAGGAAAGAGGAAAAUAGAUCAGAGAGACAGGAAGAUGUAAGUGAAAAGGAAGUAGAGGCUGUCAUGUCGGGUCUUGAGAAUGUGCUAAGGAGUGCCGAGUCCUCACUGAGCUUGACAUCACAGGAAACAGUAAAGGAAAAUCCUCUCUUGAAAGAAAAAUUUGAGGACCGGGCAAGCCCAGAGAACGCCACAAAUGAAGAACUUGAGAUUGUACCAACACGAAUUCCUCAACUGCCUGCCAGAUCUCGCUCUCAAAAUUCUCAGGUGGGAAAUAAUCAACGAGACCCUGUGCUAUUCUUGGAGUUUGAAUCUCCAGCUGAGACAAGUGAUACUGAAACACUCCUUCGUAGUAGCCAGCCACUUCCUAGUCCCCGCACCAUUGAGACAGAGUCUACCAAGUCAUUUGGUUUCAUCCGUCCAGAAAGGGCGGUGCGACGCCACGAAACCUUCGUUGAUCGUAGUAGUAACGAACGAGAGUCUCGAGAUGAGCGUCGCCGAGGCAUCAAGCGCAGUGAGAGUUUUCAAACUGGCAACAAAAACGACUACAACAGUCAUCGCUCAUACUCCCCAAGACGACGAGGUUCAAUGGACCUUCUGGUGCCUCUAGAGGAGAAGGAAGUCCACAUUAGCGGUCGAAUGUUCACCAAGUACACCCCACACGAGGUUGAACGACGCAACCGUGUCAAUGAGCUCAUCACUGCCGAGAUGAACCGUCGCAAGAACCGCAGCAUGGAAGACCGUCUUGACCAAUGGUUUGAGUCUCAGGGCGGUGAUGGUGAAUGGACGCUCAAGUGGAAAUAUCCAGAAAUUAAUCCCGACAAGGAGGAGAAGCUCAGCCGUCAGAAGAGUAACCGGAGACACGAGAGCCAAUCACCAACUCGCUAUGAUGACAACAGGAGGUCUUCUAGAUCCAAGAACGUGGAGAAUAGAUCACCUUCUAAACACCAAGACAACAAAACUCAGUCUGCAAAGUACCCUGUCGACCUCCCUGGUCCACCGCCCAAGCCCUCGCGAGCUGGUAAACAAUCCAAGUUCUCCAACUCUGAAAUCAGCGCAUUUAGUGGCUUCAAGAACCCUAAUAGUUUCCGCGAGAGUGACUAUGGGCCCAAUUUUAUGCUCAACAAACCGUCGACACGUUUACCAGACUUUGCGGACUUUGCCGAUUAUGGCGGGCGAGAUUAUCCCCCUCCCCGUGGGCGUAACUCAAGGGAAAAGGGCGUGGGUGGGCGGCGAAAGGCAGAAAUAGACCCCGAUAUCCCCACGCCAGACUACUCGGCUACGCCUGCCAGCACCAUGUCCACCGUAGCCAAUGGGUCCCCCUCUAAACACAUCCUGGACAUGCCGUCAGGACUGUACUGAGUCAUAACCUCAGAACUUUUUCUACACCACAUGAACAUGAGGAAGAAUGGUGGACAAGUUGUACAUAGAAUACAUUUAUAUAAUCUUAAUUUUCUCACAUAUGGUGUAAGAAAAAGCUGUGACAAAUACUUUAAUACAGUAUAUACAGUUGUAUGACUAACAAGUUAGUGAAUCUAUCAGAAAUAACACUCGGAGGUACCUUUGGACAAUAACACAAGUAAAUAUAUAUAGAUAUAUUUAUUUGUUGACAAUUAACAUCCCAUUUAGAGUUACAGUACAUACAACAUUUGUGUGGUCACAUAAGCCACGUUUGCUGCAACAGCGCGUGGUGGCGAGUGAAGCUGAAUACAAGUAUUACUCGGUUAAACAAUAUGUGCAAUACUCAAGGAAUCUAUGUAUAUAUAUGUAUAUAUAGUGUUCUAUAUCUAUUGUUAUGUAAACUGAAGAAGUUUAUAUCAUGAUGUUACAACUUUGGCAGAAGUUUAUAUAGUGUUGUUGUGACGUAACGAGAUGUAUCAUGGCUUUUGUUUAUAGAUUUCCCUAAAUUGUUUACUAGGGAUAUCAGCUCCGUGACUUCCCUGGACCCAUACUUUCUCCAGUGUUUGAUCCGUGAACUAUUUAUGGGGUAUACUAUAGCCUCGACCAUCAGUGGUUCCUACGAUAAAUGUUCCUCGUAAGUGGAGUUGUAAGAAUACUCCCAACUGAUUGACACAGGAGUAAUGUUUAAAAAAAAUAUCAUAAACUUUCACUGAGACUCUACUUUACCUUUACUAGACCACCUCUCUUAGUACCAAUUAGAAACCAAAAUUCGAGUAGAGAAUAAUUUUCCAAAGAUUUGCUCCCUUAACUUAGUCUAGUGUUCAGUAGCUAAGGCAGAGUCUCUGGAUAUCGAUACUCUUUUUUGGAUAAUUAAUGGUCUAGCUUAUAUUAACCACCUUCCCUUAUGAGGAAAUAUUCACCUUACGAACCUUUGGGAACCACGACCCACUUUUUGAAUACUGGAGAUGUCAUCGAAGUGAAUUUUAAAAUUUUUGAAGGUCCAAUAAAUAUUUUGCCCCCAGGAAAGUUUGAGUGAGUGGUGUAAACCGUCUUAGUAAAAUCAGGAGACUCAGAGGUGAAAGUUGCAGGUGAGUCUUGAGUUUGAACACCUAUUGGGAUAAAUAGGUAAGGGAAAUAUAAUUGACUUGUUGCAUCUGUGAGAUUAUAUUUAAAGAAUAACAUUUAUUGUGUAUGUGUGUGUGUGAUGUGCAUGUUGUGUAUGGCUGUAUGUUGGUUAAUGUGUGUGUUGAUUGAUGUGUAUGUUGACUGAUGUGUACUGUAUGUUGACUGAAGUGUAUUUUGACUGACCGAUGUGUAUGUCGCCGAUUAUACACUCCAACCUUUCCUUGUAUAACAGUAAUACAAAAUAAAAUGUAUACAACAUAA